AGCUGUUUCAGGUUGGCAGACGCAGGUGCGCAGGCAUUGUGAUUUACUGCUCCAGUAACACCCAGCAGGGAAACAACCACCGAUGGCCGCUCAGUCGAAGAUGCGCUUCAUAAAGGGGGACUCCAGGGUCACCAAGGACGGCAAGGUCGUUGACAAGGCGGCCCUCACUCGUGCUCGGAAGUCUCUUUCGCAGACAGAUAAAAUCGCAUUGCAAUGGAUCAACGACUACUUGGCCACCCACCGCGCGCAGAUAUUGCAGACCAAGGCCAACCUUGAGUCUGGCCAGGUCGACUGCCAGGUUGAAGACCAGCAGCUUGACAUAAAAGAUCGUCCGUACUUCCCCGAUUCGUACAUGCACUUCGGGCAGUUGCCGGCUUGGUGGUGUGCGGACUUCCUGCACGAAUGGUUGGGGUACCCCCAGUCGCUUUUGGACAAAAUGGACGUGGCCAACACGGUGAAACCUACCUUCACGUACAUCACGGGGCUGGGCGACGGCCAGUAUUGGCCGAGGCCGUGCUUGCAGAAGCGGGUGCUGUACCUUUUCGCCAUCGCGAUGGCGGAGAAAAUGGGCAACCGGCAGGAGCAGUUCAAGGCAAAGAUCGGCCAGGAUGGCUCCGUGGAUUUCGUGAAGCACGGCCCCUUCGAGUACUUUUUCGGUGCCGCGGUCGGGGAGGCGGAGCCUGUGCUCGAGCGGAUCGUGCACAAGGGCACUUCGAUCGAGGCGAAGAACCUCCCCCUCCGCAUCGACAAGGGUUUCAAAUGCACUUCGCCGUGGAGCGAUGCAAAUGCUAAGUUCGUCGGCACCACCAGGUGGAAACCUUGCGUUCACGAGCUCUUCAAUGACCCCCCGUUCAUGGCGCAUCUCGACAAGAAGGUGCUGUCGACUUUGGCGGACACUGUGGUGUCUGCCAACGCAGCACUCCUCACCCCGAAGAAGAAGACAGUGGUCUUGAGCUCCAAAUCGGCGGCCAAGGCCGCGAAGGCGAAGGCGGUCGCCAAAGCGCGCGUUCCGCUUGCUAAACUUGCGGUCCCGUUCUCUGCGUGAUUUCGCGGUGUGCGCGCACGGCCGCGCGAGAGCUUGCCUGCGCGUGCCGUUGCCGAGCCGACUUUAACGGCUGUUUUUCGGGUGCAGGUCAGCUUGCAAACUAUUCGGGGGUAAGUGGGGGCUCUCUAUGCUAGAGCCUUCAUUUGUUCGGCUUCGCAAUGCAAAUUGUACGCACUACGUGUUGGCUUAGUGCCUGUGGGAGGCCGGGCUCAGAUCGCAGGGGACCUUUUGAACGCUACGUCAGACCAAACAGGGAAAAACUCGAUCGUCCUCAUCGUGAUCACCAUCCUGCUAGUCAUCACCACCCCUUCUCCGCAUGAAAUAGUAGCCAGGGGACGUGCGAUUUAUCUUCCGACGGAGUUUCUCCGACGCGAGCCCACAUUUCCCGUUAAUCCCU